GAGGAAAUAAAAAACUAUUGUGCCUCGUUAUUACAGGGAUCCGCAUUCGUUAUGAAUCUUCGUAACAAUUCAUGAGAGUCUAUCAGGUUGAAUGAAAAAAGAAAAAAAGACAAAAAGAAAAAAAAAUUAAAUAAAUAAACCAAGUUCUUUAACUCGCUGCUAAGUUCUAACUCUUUGUUUUUCGUGUUAUAGAACUCGAGCAAUUGAUCGUCCCGCAUUUUUCCUACUUCGUUUAUGCUAAUUGCCCAUUGUUUUCGUAAUAGAUCACCUCUGGGUCGUCCCAGCAGUCAUUACGUCGCUACAAUAUUCGCUUCUGUUAUCAAUCAAUUAUUCAGGGGAACACAAUGAUCCGUGACUCGUAGCCCGAGUUUUCAUUAUCAUUCUCGCUAAGGUUAAUAGAUCUAAUGGAAUAAACAAGUACGAAGAGCCACUGCUGGAAGUCUCGUCGUACUUUUUUACGUCUCGAUAGUUGUAUAAAUUGUGUAAUUGCUAAUUGCUCGAUUCUCACAGUAUAUUCUUAUCGAUUGUCUGAUAAGCGAUGAGAGAGAAAAAACAAAAAAAAAAAAAAAACAAACAACAAUCGUCGAACGCGAUUUCUAUCGCUCUGAUAAAAUGGUCGUCGUUAAGUUCGUGGUAUUUGGAGCUCGCGGGAGCGGAGUUUUUAUUAUUUGUGGGCGAUGCAGCGGCUGACAUUUAUCAAACGACACGCGAGCUUCGGGAGCUUUGCUGGAGCAUCGGAGAGCUCAAUAAUUCGAGGGGGCCGUGAGAAUAAGGAGCUCGUCGAAGCAACUUUUAGAACUAUUUCGAGUCUCGUUGGUCCGCAGGAAUGAGUCGCCGCACGAUGCUCCUACUAUUGUUUCUCUUAACGAUUAAUCGGGGCAACUGUACUUGCUCGACACCUUCGUACCUGUCGUUGCAACUGAUCCUGGAAUACGCAACGUGGAGGUCGUGGGAACAAAUAGUGCUUUUUGCUGAGCUCGGCUCUUCGAAAAACUGUGUUUUCGAAUACGCGCGAUCGCUCAUUACAUGCCUGAGCGAAAAGGGCAUCAGUUUGGCCAUUGAACCACUCUCGAAUCCAAAGUUAUCGGAGGUUCUUGAAAUUCGGAGACACCGAGUCGGAUCGGUCGUUCUUCUCGAUGGACUCAACCUCACCUCCCCGGACAGCGUCCUCAAGGUGGCUUCGAACAAACGACUCUUCAACUACUAUGUCUCCUGGUUUUUGGUGACAAAUGAUCCUGAGGAUGCCAUCAUCGAUACGAUACUUCGUAAUUUAACUAUUGGAAUAAAUACAGACGUCGUUGUCGGGACGGCCUUUCACUCGGAGGAACCACCACGAGAAAUAAUGCGCUCCAAGUUCAACAGAUCUUGCAGCGCUUUGAGGACGUACGAGAAGAAAUUGUCGUCGCGAAAUUUGGCACAAAUUUCAGGGCGUUAUUAUGAGGAAAACAUAACGAGAAACCUCGAUUAUUCGACGAUGGAAAAUCGCACCGUGGCUUUCUAUCUCGUCCACGUUUACAAGAUUCGAAUUGAUGAUAAUUCGAGCCUCGUUGUCGAUCCUCUCGGAUCUUGGAGCCCCGGAUCACCGGCCUUGAAUCUUCCCGUGAGUACGGAGCUGAGAAACAACUUCAACCGCCUUCCAAUAAUCGUAGGAAUAUUGAAUGGGACUGGCGGGGGUCAAAAGAGCGGAGAAACAGACGGCGAAGAGGAUGUUGCUGAAAUUCAGCCGUUGCACGACUUCGUAGUCUUCUUAGCGAAAAGUUUAAACGCGAGGAUGGAAGUGGUACCUUACGAAAAAUUGGGGACAAUGACGAAGAAAGUUUGGGAUAAUCUUCUCGGCGGUGUUUUCGAAGGCAAGGUGGACAUAGGCCUGGGUUACAUCACGAUCAAUGAUGAACGACAACGAGAUAUGAGCUUCACUCAUCCGCUCAUUCGCUACACAAGAAAUAUUUACAUUCGUCCUCCCGAAUCUGGAACGAUGAGAGACAUAUUUCUUCAGCCAUUCAACAGUCGAAUGCUUUUGUGCGUCGCUCUCAUGCACUUUUUGAUAAUUGUUGUCAUUGGUACGAUCAACUAUGCGGCGAGAAACGCUCUCAAAGGCGACGACAAAUCGAAGCAUCCGGGCCUCGGCGAAGCAACGCUUUGGUGUAUUAGUAUUUUGUGCAUGCAAGGAUCGCCCUGGAGUCCGUCGAGCAUAUCCGGAAAAACUGCGUUGCUCGCGAGCCUCAUAUUUGCUUUGGUGAUCUAUAACGCAUACGCCGGAUUUAUAACGUCGAUCCUAUCCGUCCAGGCAGCCGGUAUUCGAACCCUCGAGGAUGUGUUGCGUAACAACUUUAAGCUGGGUUACAGCGACAUCGACGACGAAUAUGUGCGCAACGCCAAUGACAGUGACCUUCGACAACUGUACAUAAAAGCAUUCAACGGGCGAGAAUCGAAGCUGGACACGACUCUCGGUCUCCAGAGAGCUGUGAAGGGCGGCUACGGGUUUUUCGUGAGCGCGACGUUGGCCCGGCGAGCCCUCGGCACGUCGCUCAUUCAGGAGCGAUGUUUGAUCAAGGAAAUCGAAGUCCGACAAACUUUUACGAUCGUCGCUUUGCCCAUGGAGAAGCACAGUCCUUACGCGAAAAUCAUAAAUUUGAGUAUAUUGAGGAUGAAAGAGCGCGGUGUGAUCGAUCGAAUACGAGAGAGAAUGUUACCCGACAUGCCUCAGUGCCAGGCCUUAACGACCUUUCACAGCGCUCGCAUCGCUGACGUAUAUUCCGCUUUCAUAAUCCUCGUUAUCGGGAUCGUAACGUCUUUCUGUCUCGGAGUAUUCGAAAGAAUUUGGGACCAGCGACGCAGAGUGCGAACUCGUCUGUCUCGAGGAUUAUUCGGGAUGAAAAAAUUCGACAAGAAUUUGAGGCGCUCGAUGAAAAUGAGCUUGGAAAAUAACGUGAAACCAACUCUUCAUCGUUCCAUCAAACUCACCUCGGACGAUCGCCACGACAAACUCAACGCUUCGUUUAACCUCGGACGAGUUCGUGACAAACCGUUCGCGAGAUUAUCCCCGAAUAAAAAUGACCUCGAAGACAGCGACGUCGACAGGGACAAAUUCCAAAUUUACCCAUUUCAACAUUAGCGAGGAAGAAAAACAAUGACAAAGUCUUAAGAUUUAUUAUUUAUUCUCUCCAAUAUUGCGGUGUCGACUCCGAUCAGGAGACAAAAGUAUAACUAUAAAAUCGUAUUAAUCAAUAUCGUAGAAGUAUUAGAAGAAAAAGUGAGCAAAAAUCAGUGUAAAAAUGCGGUGAACGUUGCGUCGCAAACA